CCCUGCUGAGACAGCUUGCCCCUGGCCAGCGCCGUGCUCAAAGCUGGCUCUGUAGGUCUGAGUGCUGCAAGUGGCAGACCCUGGUGCUUCCUAAACCAGGGUGCUUUGGUGGGAGCAUGAGUGCUGCGGAUCAGCAUGCUGCAUCACCCAGAGUCUGUUCUCCACUAUAUGAGUGCUGCAUACGGCAGCAUGUCCCUCAGUCCUGCCCCUGGCCCGUGGCCCUUGCGCAGGUCCGUUGUGUAGCUGUGAGGCAUAAAACGUUUUGAAAUACCUGGCUGCAGCUGAAGGAACGUUUACACACACCCGUGUUUCCCCACCUUUGUUUCUUCAGCCACCCCAGAGUGUUCUUGGGAUAUAGGCUCCGGAGAGUCUGUGCCUCCUCUUCAGGUUGUGGCUGUCCUGGAGAUCACAGUCUUUUGCUGCUUCUAGUUUUUCUGCCGUAAAAGUGAGCACUUCUCCUCUGCUCCAAGCUCUCCAUGCCUCCAAAGCCCUCCAGCGGUAUCUUUCCAGUAGGUCCUCGUUAAACUCUCCUUCAUUACUGCUUUCCCUUUUGCUGUUUAGAGAAAUCAUCCUUUUCACAAGGAGUUUGCAGCCACUCAUUUUCAUUGUUCCAGGCAACUGCUUCUACCUGAGCAGGCAGCUGUGAAAAUACAAGUAUGUGCUUUUGUCUCUUGGUCAGUGGCUGCGUGACCCAGCCUGUCAGCUCGUGUGGGAUCUCCUUUGCAUUCCAGCGGCAGCGUACGGUUGGGCACUGCAGGCUGCGUGUGGAGAGCUGCCUCAGGUUGUCCUACGGAUCUGCUGGGGAUGGUUUAUGGAGACAUCUCAAGUCACAGAGCAAAGGGAGUGGAGAGGCAGUGCCUGUGGUGGAGAGGGCUCCACUGAAGCUCUGGGGAGAUUCCUACUGUGAGACGCUGCCCAUAGACGGGCCUCCCUCUUUCCGGGGACAGUCAGUGAAGUAUGUGUACAAGCUGACCAUCGGCUGCCAGCGUGUCAACUCUCCCAUCAAGCUCCUGCGGGUACCCUUCCGUGUCCUCGUGCUGCACGGGCUCAAGGAUUAUCAGUUCCCACAGGAUGAGGCUGUUGCACCCUCAAAUCCCUUCCUGGAGGCGGAGGAGGGCUUGAAGAAAGACUCUCGCUUGGCAGACCUGGCAACAGAGCUGCUUAUGGUGGCCACCUCCCGACGCAGCCUGCACCUGUACAACAUCAGCAACACUCGUGGCAAGGUGGGGACGUUCUGCAUCUUUAAGACCGUGUAUAAGAUCGGCGAAGAUGUCAUUGGGACCUUCAACUUCUCAGAAGGAGACAUCCCGUGUCUGCAGUUCUCAGUGAGCCUGCAGACAGAGGAGAGCAUCCAGGAGGAGUUCCAGCGCCGGCGCGGGCAGCCCGUGUCCUUCAGCACGCACGCCCGCCAUCAGGAGGCCUGCCUGCACACAGCCCAGAGCAGCUUCAGCCUGCCCAUCCCGCUCAGCUCUACCCCGGGAUUCACCACCAACAUCGUGUCCCUGAAGUGGAGGCUGCACUUUGAGUUUGUGACCUCCAGCGAGUCAGCAGGGAACUGCUUGGUUCGUGGGAGCCAGUCGGAGGCCAUCACCUGGAGUGGGGUGGAGCAGAUGGAAGUGGACACUUUCAGCUGGGAUUUGCCUAUCAAAGUCCUUCCCACCAACCCCAUCCUGGCGUCCUAUGUAUCUCAGUUCUCCAGCACCAACUCCAUCACCAUCUGAAGUGGGGAGAGCUGGUAGGGCCUGUGGUGCUAAAGCCGGUGGGAAUGGCAGUCAGGACUGUCACCAGCGUGCUGCAGGACGCACAUCCCAAUGUCCCCUUCAUCUGCAGGCACCAGGCAAGUCUGUCCCACUUGUGGAUGGAGGAGCACUGUGCUUGCUGCGGCAUCUUGUGCUGCAGCCCUCAGCUGGGAGCUGGAUCCUCUCUGCCUGGGUGAAGGUGCAAGUCCCAGCACUCACCAAAACCAAAUCUGCUGCCCAGAGAACAGCCUGACGUGCCUUUUCCCCUUGAGGGGCUUCCAAGAGGGAAAGACCUAGCCUGGGGAAAGGAGAGGGGAGCUUUUCCAGUGAAGCCCAAUACCAGCCUUGAGGGAAGGCUGUGCCCCUACGGAGAGACCCCUCAAGCAGAGGUCUGUCCACUUGGGCUGGGUGGGAUCCUGCUCUCCUGCCCCAGCACACAUCCUGCCUCUCGUGCGGGGUGUCCCAUACGCACAACCCUGCCCUCCCCCAGCGCUGCCAGCACGUGCUGGUGUCCUGCGUCCCUGCAGCCACGUGCAGUGGCAGCACCACAGUGAUGAUCCACAACAAGCUGUUCUCUGCCCACCCUCCUGGGUGUGAAGGCGUCCUGCUGGUCUCAGGAUCCUUAGGGAGCCGGAGUGAACAUGUGAUGUGCUUUGGAGGUCUCCCUGCUCAACUCUCAGCUCCCCAUUUCUACCAAACCUUCUGUAGUUUUUCUCUAUUAAUGAAAAUCUAAUAAAGAUCCAGAUGUGCAAAACUUA